GAUAUUAUUUAUGGUAUAACACCAAAUUUGGACUUAGAACAUUACAAUGAAUAUGACGAUAUUGUCAGAUAUUUGUAUAAUGUUGCCAGACUUAAUCCAGAAAUUGCCACUGUACGGGUUAUUGGUUGGACCUAUGAAAGACGGCAAAUUUUGGGUCUAAAGAUUGGUUAUCCAAAUCCAAAUAUAAAUAAUGAAAAACGAGCAAUUUGGCUUGAUGGAGGUAAUCACGGACGAGAAUGGCCAGCAGCACAUACAGCUGUACUGUUUAUCAAUCAGAAUGGUUAUCAUUAA